CUAUGGUCAAAGAAUAGUUUUCGGUUUAUGUGCAUGCACACGCAUACUUUUUACUUUUGACAAUUUUUCUCCUAGUUAAUCGAAUAAAUUUUUAUUCGAAAUUUGAUACAUUCGGGAGCGAAGGCGUGCAAUGAUCAUACGGAUAAAAAAAGAUGGCGAGGAUACGAACGAAUGGGCCAUUAUUGAGCUUCAAGGGGACCUGGAGUCACGUACGAAUCAGUCUUUGAACGAUCAAUUCAUUGGUGACCUACAUUACACAAAGACUGGAACUCCAAUAUUGAUAGUGGGUCAUCAUAUAUUGUAUGGUAAAGAGGUGUCUCUAGAUAAGCCAUUUGCAGUAUUGGAAAAAAUUCAUUAUAAUGAAAACGAUCAAGUAGUGGAUAAGAGUAUGUCCGACUCUAGAACUCGGACAGAGUACACCGUCAGAGCUAUUGUUAAAAAAAAAUUAGUGUUUCGGGUCAGACCCAAGCCAAUAAUUGCUAAUGUACCAAAAAUGGUAUAGUAAUUUACAUCACCAGCAUAAAAUUUGAAACGGGUGAAAAGGAACAAAGGUGUGGGCAUAAUUUUCUACAACAUUGAUAGGUUGAUGACAGAUGAAGAAAGUUACAUAUGAUAUUAAUUAUUAAUAAAAAAUUUGUAUUUCAAUACAGAGGAAUUGUAUCUUGAAA